AUUCGUUCUUAGUUUCAACGUACUAAAUUGAAGUUGGUACGUUGUAAUAUUCAUUGAAGUUAUAUUAGAUAUUAGUUUGUUUCACAAACUAGAAGCUUAUCAAUUUUUCCUCUUAAUUUGUGAUUGGUUAAAACGUCUGUUAGUAAGCAGCGCAUUGGACGUUUUUAAAAUGGCAAACCGGCGUCGUUCUAACCUAUAAGGUACUAGAAUUUUGAGCGGAAAUUUGGUUUGUUUAAUUGUAUUUCGUGUUAGUUGCUCGAAAAUUAUGACAGAAACUCAGCAGAAAACAAAAUGUAUCACGUUGAAAGGAUCGGCGGAGUUGGUUAAAGAAUAUCUUCUUUAUGGCAUAAACAGCAUUUUGUAUCAAAGAGGCAUUUAUCCGCCAGAAACAUUCGAACCCGCCGAACAUUUCGGUUUGUUCGUUUUAAUGUCGACAGAUGAAAAGAUCAAAGGAUUCUUGAAUACUGUUCUUGGCCAGAUUCAAGAAUGGCUCACUCAACGAAAAGUACAAAAAAUAACGCUCGUUAUAACAAACGUGAAUACCAAAGAAGUAUUAGAGAAAUGGGAUUUCAAAGUGGAUUAUGAAGGUCAGACGUCUAAUGGUACCAAUGACAAUAAAAGUAACGGUCUUCCUGAAGUAGGUACAAAGGAUGUGAAGACAAUACAAAGAGAGAUUCGUGAAGUCAUACGUCAGAUCACAGGUACUGUAAGUUUUCUUCCACUAUUGGAUUGUUUAUGUUCGUUUGAUAUUUUAACAUAUACUGUACCUGACUGUGGUAUCCCGAAGGAAUGGGAUGAAACACAGCCAGUGUUCAUUGCAAACAGUCAAGAAGUACAAUUACGAUCAUUUUCAACUUCUAUUCAUAAAAUGGAUACUAUAGUUAGUUAUAGGAACGUUUAGAAAAUACAUGUUUUAUCCAAUUGAAAUCUAUAUAUAUAUAUGAAAUAUGUUUCUUGUAUCUUGUUAGCAAUAAUUACUAAAGACUGCUGUUUAAUAUCUUUCUUAUUAGAUGAAAGUGGUCGUGUUGUUCUAAAGGAUUUGAACAUACAUAUGAAUUAUUACUAUUAUACUACAUAUACAAAGAGUUUUAUACGAAUAUAUAUUUUGAUAUAACUUUGAUAGUUUGAUAGUUUGAAAUCCUGCUUCCAAGCUAUCCUCGUAUCAUAAUCUCCCGUGUUUCUUCUUCCCAAUGUCAGCAUAGACUAUUUUAGUUACUUAAUGUUUUAUAUAUAUUUUUAGUUAGUUAAUCGUUCAGUCAGUGGUUAG